AGAUGGAAGAUGUCAUAGCACGCAUGCAAGAUGAAAAAAAUGGAAUUCCUAUCCGUACUGUCAAAAGCUUCCUUUCCAAGAUACCUAGCGUGUUCUCUGGGUCAGACAUUGUUCAAUGGUUAAUAAAGAACUUAACUAUAGAAGAUCCAGUGGAAGCACUCCAUUUGGGAACACUCAUGGCUGCCCAUGGAUACUUCUUUCCGAUCUCAGAUCACGUCCUCACACUUAAGGAUGAUGGUACCUUCUACAGAUUUCAAACUCCCUACUUUUGGCCAUCAAAUUGUUGGGAGCCGGAAAACACAGACUAUGCUGUUUACCUCUGCAAGAGAACAAUGCAAAACAAAGCAAGACUAGAGCUAGCAGAUUAUGAAGCUGAGAGUCUUGCCAGGCUGCAGAGAGCAUUUGCCCGGAAAUGGGAGUUCAUUUUCAUGCAGGCAGAAGCACAAGCAAAAGUGGACAAGAAGAGAGACAAAAUCGAAAGGAAGAUCCUGGAUAGCCAGGAGAGAGCAUUCUGGGAUGUACACAGGCCAGUGCCUGGAUGUGUAAAUACUACAGAAGUGGACAUUAAGAAGUCAUCCAGAAUGAGAAAUCCACACAAAACACGCAAGUCGGUCUAUGGUUUACAAAAUGACAUCAGAAGUCACAGUCCUACCCACACACCCACACCAGAAACCAAACCUCCAACAGAAGAUGAACUGCAUCAACAGAUAAAAUAUUGGCAAAUACAGUUAGAUAGACAUCGGUUAAAAAUGUCAAAAGUUGCUGAUAGUCUACUAAGUUAUACGGAGCAGUAUGUAGAAUACGACCCGUUUCUUGUGCCACCUGACCCUUCCAACCCCUGGCUGUCUGAUGAUACUACUUUCUGGGAACUUGAAGCAAGCAAAGAACCAGGUCAACAGAGGGUAAAGCGAUGGGGUUUUGGCAUGGAUGAGGCAUUGAAAGACCCAGUGGGAAGAGAACAAUUUCUUAAAUUUCUGGAAUCAGAAUUCAGCUCAGAAAACUUAAGAUUCUGGUUGGCAGUGGAGGACCUGAAGAAAAGACCAAUUCGAGAGGUGCCCUCGAGGGUGCAGGAAAUAUGGCAAGAAUUUCUGGCUCCCGGAGCCCCCAGUGCCAUUAAUUUGGAUUCUAAGAGUUAUGACAAGACCACACAGAAUGUGAAGGAACCUGGACGAUACACAUUCGAAGAUGCUCAGGAGCACAUUUACAAGCUGAUGAAGAGCGACUCAUACCCACGCUUUAUAAGAUCUAGUGCCUACCAGGAACUUCUACAGGCGAAGAGAAAGGGCAGAAACCUCCCUAUUUUCCCAUGCCAUAAAAACUGUACACCAACACUGAGGGCCAGCACUAACCUGUUAUGAAAAGAGGGGAAAUCUCUCACAUCCAAGAGGUUAACAAGUCUUGUUCAGUCUUACUAAAAGGAUCAUCUUUGUGGCGUGGAAGCUGACAGGAGUGCUGCAUAACCUCUGUAGUUCGUGCUGUUACCUGGCGCCAAGGACAUUAGACCAAGAAGUUGCAUGGAUGAAGGACCUGAAUCGUUCCUUUUUUGUAUGUGUUCAUAAGGCAUCUCCGUCACCAAGGACUCUUGGCCAUCUCAUUCCUCCAUCUCAAACCACUGUCUGCUCUCUCCCUCCCCUUACUAAGCUGGAUCUGUGUCUGUCCCUUUUUAACGAGUUCAAGUGAGGUACAUUUUUUUUCCCUUUUCUCUCUCUUAAAGCUUCUGCUAGACACACAGUUCACUGAAAAUUCAAUCACAAACUGGAAGAAUUGUAAAAGAAAAAAAAGCAUAUAUCACUAAAUAUACACAUGGCUUCACAUUUAUUAAACAAUAAAUUAGCAGAGAAAGUUCCAUUUCACCAAUAUAGUCACAGUCUGUACCAAGCUCAUGUCUGUCUGUCAUCAGGGCAUUCUCCCUUCAUGUUUCUUGCAUUUAUUUUUAUACCAUAUUUAAAUAAGAAACACCUUUUACUCCAAAUGUAUCAAAGUUGACCUCUUCUCUGUAAAUUUGUGUAUGUUUAUAUCGUUGUUUUAUCUUUCAUUAAAAGAUGCAGAAUCUC